AUGAGCGAAGAACAACUGAAGGAGAAGCAGCGCUUCGACGCGCACCUUCGCCAACUCAGCGAGCGGGUUUAUCCGGCUGUAGAGGACGGUUUUGACCGCGAGCUGGCGAAGCUGCGCCGAGUCGACGAGGACGUCCGCAGCAACUUGGAUGAGUUCUACACCGCCUCCCUCGGCUCCAGCAUGGCCAAAAACCGCUUCUCGGACGUCAAACCCAACGAGGGCACCAUCGUGCGUCUCCGCGAAAUCAGCGCAUCGGGCGACGGCACCUACAUCAACGCCAACUACAUUGACGCGCGCAAGAAGUUCAACGUACCUUUUGUGUACAUUGCCACCCAAGCACCGAUGAAGAACACCGUGCUCGAUUUUUGGCGCAUGGUCUACGAAAACGACUGCGCCUUUAUUGUGAUGUUGUGUGCCGUGAAAGAAAACGGCAAGGGGAAGAGUGAAACCUACUGGCUCCGUCGAGGAGAAACGUACGACAUGGGCCUCGUGUCCGUCACCGUGGUGGCCGAAAACGCUCGAGAGGAUUUGGUGCAUCGGCGCCUGCUGCUGCGCAGCGUCCGCGGCGACGAAAAGGAGGUGUACCAAAUGCAGUACGUUGCGUGGCCCGACCAGGGCGUGCCGGAGAGCAGCGCAACGCUGAUGGAGAUCAUUCAGGCCAUCGCCAAGUCUCCGCGCAGCACGCAGUCGCCCAUCGUCGUGCACUGCUCCGGUGGCGUAGGCCGCACCGGCGUCUUUAUCGGCAUGCACAUCGCUCUCGCCCAGUUCCAGCUCGGCCAGGCAAGCAUUAGCAUCCCGCGUAUUGUGCGCUUCAUGAAGGCGUGUCGGAGUGGGAUGGUGCGCCGCAAGGACCAGUACCUAUUUCUCUACUACGCCGUUCAGCGCGAAAUGGAGCGGAUGAUCUUGUCGGAGAAGACGGGCGUCAACCUCCUCGAGGGGCGGCCGCGUUUGGUGCCGACCGUCACGAAAACCGAGGCCAGCCCGCCGACGGCGCGGAUGGCGUCGCCGCUAAUCAUGGCAAUGCCGGCACCUGACGGGCACCGACACUUUCGAAACCUUCUGGCUCCGUUUCGCUCGGGCAGCUCGGUCACAUCGCCAAUGCGGCGGUCCGCGCCGACUGCGAUCACCAACUCGCGCCAGACCGAUGAGGACGUCGCCGCAAUGGAGAACUACCUCUAUCGGGCGAGUCCAGCGUCUAGCAUGCCGCGCAGCGGCAGCACGAGCAUCCGUGACGAGCACGCGCCCUUCGAGGCGUCGCACGUGCAACAACUGCCACAACCGCAGCCGAGCCAGUCACCGAACAUGUCCCCGACCAAUCUCGCCACUACGAUUCCCCGCGAGCCGGAGCCGCAGUGGCGGCAGCGCAGCCUUUUCCGGUCGAGCGCAAGCCAUGUCUCAGAGAAUGUGACACCGCUCACCCAUCCGUCCUCGCGAUUGCAGGAAGAACUGUCACGGCAGCAACAAGCCAACCGCAUCAAGCGCUUCUCUCCGUCCUCGGCGUAUCGUGCAAAUUUAGCGCUUUCCUUAGCUGGUGCGGUGCCGAACGAGUUCUGA